AUGGACCAGAGCAGUAUUACUCCAAACACAUCAAAUCAGCAGCUAGUUAACAACAGCGAUAAUGAUUCUGCAACAGCACUGCUACAAGAAAAGCAAGCUAGAAGAAGAGAAAAUUUAGGAGAUGUCACCUUCAUAGAAUACAUGACUGUUGGAAUACUUUGUUUCGUAAAUCUAAUCAAUUAUAUGGAUAGAUAUACAAUAGCUGGGGUGCUCAGCGACGUCAAGGACGAAUUCGAAAUUGGCGAUGACAGAGCCGGCUUCCUGCAGACGGUCUUCGUGAUCGCCUAUAUGGUGUUCGCGCCGAUUUUCGGCUACCUCGGGGACCGGUACUCCAGGCGGUUGAUCAUGGCGGCUGGUGUCGCGUUGUGGAGUAUCACAACGUUCGCCGGGUCUUUUAUAACGAAUUACUGGUUUUUCGCCGUUUUCCGGGGGCUAGUAGGCAUCGGUGAGGCGUCGUACUCCACCAUCGCCCCAACCAUCAUCAGCGACCUGUUUGUCGGCAACGUGCGUUCGAAGAUGCUCGCCUUCUUCUACUUCGCAAUUCCCGUUGGGAGCGGGUUCGGGUACAUUGUGGGUUCGGUGGCGGGGGCCGCGGCGGGCAACUGGCGCUGGGGCCUGCGCGUGACGCCAUUCCUCGGGGCCGUGGCGGUUGUGCUCAUCGCCUGGAUGAUGCAGGACCCCGAGCGCGGCCAGGCGGAGGAGAGCACGAUGAAGCCCACUUCCUAUACGGACGAUUUACGGUCGCUAAUCAGAAAUCCAUCCUUCAUGCUGUCAACGCUCGCAUUCACUUGCGUCGCUUUCGUGACGGGAGCGCUCGCAUGGUGGGGGCCUCAGCUGAUCUACCUUGGGCUGAAUCUGCAACCGGACGUCAAAAUCACCAAAGAAAGCGUGUCCUACAAGUUCGGCAUCGUGGGCAUGGUGGCGGGCGCGACGGGGGUGCCCCUCGGCGCGGCGCUAGCGCAGCGGCUGAGGGCGCGCGUGCCCCACUGCGACCCGCUCAUCUGCGGCAUGGCGCUGCUCGCAUCGGCGCCGCUCGUCUACCUCGCACUAGUCGCCGUCUCGACGCGCGUCGCCGUCUCCUACCUUCUAAUCUUCCUCGGAAUGCUCACGCUCAACCUCACCUGGUCGAUCGUCGCGGACGUCGUCCUGGUGAGCCGAAGACCGAAGCCCUCCCCCCCCCCCCCCCCCUACCUCUACCACUCUCCCUAUCCCCCGCCACCGACCGCAGGUUAUUCCAAUGGGGGAACGUUGCGUACCGUACUCAUGACUGCACUGAUAGGGAACAGCGCCCCACGCAUCAUUCCAACCUAUUCGGAUGACGGCUGUACAAAACGCCGGAGUCGACCGUCGACCGGGCGGUGUGCAUGCACGGACGCCGCCGCUGACACUGGCGCUCUUGCACGAAGGGUGUCGCUAAUCUUCGGCGGGGUCACGAUGGCGUCGGGGCUGGUCGGCGUCCCGAUGGGGGCGUGGCUCGGCGCGGCUCUAGUGAAGCGCUACCCGCGCGCGCACGCGGUCAUUUGCGGCGCGGGCCUCCUGGUGUCCGCGCCCGCGAUGGCGCUAGGGAUGCACCUGGCGAGGGAGAGUUUCUACGCGCCGUUCGCCCUCAUGUUCGUCGGCGAGCUCGCUUUGAAUCUCAACUGGGCAAUCGUGGCCGAUAUGUCGCUGUAUGUGGUAAUUCCUCCACGCCGUUCUACAGCGGAAGCGUUCCAAAUCCUGAUAUCACAUAUGCUGGGAGAUGCUGGAAGUCCUUAUUUAGUAGGAGUGAUAUCUGAGAGUUUGAAGAAAUCCUUAGGCACGGGACAUAUGGAGACACCCACACAAAGUGUAGAAUUUAGAGCAUUGCAGUAUGCACUUUUCGUUACAUGUUUCGUCGAAGUUAUAGGCGGCGCGUUCUUCUUGUUGACAACUAAAUACAUAAUCAAAGAUAAACAAAAAGUGGACAGAGCAAUCGCAGAAGCGGAAGCACAGAACAGCGAUCCUUCACACAGUCAAGCCCAUGAAGAAAACAUACUUGGUGAA